AUGACUGGACGUAGUGAAGGUGGUACAAUGAUGACUGGACGUAGUGAAGGUGGUACAAUGAUGUCUAGACGUAGUGAAGGUGGUACAAUGAUGUCUAGACGUAGUGAAGGUGGUACAAUGAUGUCUGGACGUAGUGAAGGUGGUACAAUGAUGACUGGACGUAGUGAAGGUGUUACAAUGACGACUGGACGUAGUGAAGGUGUUACAAUGAUGACUGGACGUAGUGAAUGUGUUACAAUGAUGUCUGGACGUAGUGAAUGUGUUACAAUGAUGUCUGGACGUAGUGAAGGUGGUACAAUGAUGUCUGGACGUAGUGAAGGUGGUACAAUGAUGUCUGGACGUAGUGAAGGUGGUACAAUGAUGUCUGGACGUAGUGAAGGUGGUACAAUGAUGACUGGACGUAGUGAAGGUGUUACAAUGAUGUCUGGACGUAGUGAAGGUGGUACAAUGAUGACUGGACGUAGUGAAGGUGGUACAAUGAUGACUGGACGUAGUGAAGGUGGUACAAUGAUGACUGGACGUAGUGAAGGUGGUACAAUGAUGACUGGACGUAGUGAAGGUGUUACAAUGACGACUGGACGUAGUGAAGGUGUUACAAUGACGACUGGACGUAGUGAAUGUGUUACAAUGAUGACUGGACGUAGUGAAGGUGGUACAAUGAUGACUGGACGUAGUGAAGGUGGUACAAUGAUGACUGGACGUAGUGAAGGUGGUACAAUGAUGACUGGACGUAGUGAAGGUGGUACAAUGAUGACUGGACGUAGUGAAGGUGUUACAAUGAUGACUGGACGUAGUGAAGGUGUUACAAUGAUGACUGGACGUAGUGAAGGUGGUACAAUGAUGAUCAGUGUAUUGAAGACGUUACAGUGA